AUGCAACUGAGACGGAUGAUUCGCCAAACGACGGCUGCCGCCUUCUUGCUCAACGCCAUCGCUCUCCCCGCGGCAGUGUGCUGCGGGGAGACGACGGCGACAUGGACAGGCGGCGCCGACAUCGAUGCAUGGGUCUACACCAACAAUGACAGUGGCUCAGGGUCACGGUUCCAAAGCCCCACAUUUACCGAUUUGUCGAUCGACCCGGAAACGAACCAGUUCGUGAGGGGGAGUGCAACAGGGGCGUCGCGAUUGGGGAUGGCCCUAAUGGCCUUCCAAACUUCCGAUCAGAUCGCGCCGGCUAACGACCCGACGCGAUACCGCAUCGAAUCGGUGAAAGUGACGGCUUGGGCCAGGCGAGCUCCCCUCUCGUCGGGUGAUCUGCUUUACACCGAUCAGCCGCUUUCGCACAUCGAUCUUCUGACCGAAGCUCAGAGUGGAAACGUCAGUUCUCAGAAACCCUUUGAGCUGUUCGGCGUAGGUUUCCGCGACGGUUACGAAGGAUUCGAUCUAGGGAACGCGUCAGGCGAUUUGCUCAACAGCGAAGCGAGUGAGCCGUACUCAGGCGAGGGCGGCUCUUACAUCGCCUACCCCAUUGCUGGCGAUGGUGAAGGUCAGUACAUCGACGUUUCCAACAGCUACACCGGUGGGUUCAGCGCCACGUCGCCUACGGAGCAAACCGACCCGUUCACCGCAGCCCCCUGGGCGAUCGGUAAGACCGCCGCCGCUGUCGGAUCGGUCCUGGCGGGCAACAUCAACUUUACGUUUGAGCUCGACCUCUCGUUGCCGGGAGUCGCACAGUACGUACAACAGUCGCUCUCCGAUGGAUCGAUCGGUUUCAUGCUUUCGUCGAUGCACAGAACCGGCGUCAUGGGGCAGUCGGGAGGCGCCUAUCCCGAGUGGCGGAUGCGAGAAGGCGCCUCGGGGCAAUUGUUCGCCUCACUGGCGAUCGAAUACUCGCUGCUGGCGAUCCCCGGCGACUACGACGGCAACGGCUUCGUUGAACAAGCGGACUACGACGUUUGGUCGCAAGCUUACGGCUCAACCGUUACCCCUAGCACGGGCGCCGAUGGCAAUGGCGACGGAUUCAUCGACGCCGCGGACUACUCGGUCUGGCGCGACGCCUUCGCUGGUUCGCCAGUGCUGGCGGUCCCCGAGCCAACAGCCUGCCUGACCGCCAUCCUGGCGCUGGCCAAUUUGUCGCUGCUACGCUUCACGCUCGUGGAGCUCUUGGUCGUGAUCGCCAUCAUCGGGAUCUUGAUCGCGCUGCUCUUGCCCGCGGUUCAAGCGGCGCGAGAGGCGGCACGGCGGUGCAGCUGCCGCGUCAACCUCAAACAGGUCGGUCUCGCGACGCAAAACUUUUUCGAUACGAAUCGCCACUUGCCGCCACCUAAGGCCGGUGAUUUCGGUGCGACCGAAGACCACGGCGGCGCCUUGAUUGUGCUCUUACCCUAUCUGGAAGAGGGCAGCCUCUACGACACGUACGAUGUGAGUCAGCUCCUCUCCGCGCCGGCCAACGCGCCGAUAACGACCGCCGUGGUGGAGACCUACCUGUGCCCCUCGAUGCGCCCGCCGGUGCUAGGUCCUGUGGGGACGGCUCCAGCCUUCGGCUACGGCA